CCCGUGAUGUUUUAAAUUUCGGAUCCUGUGUUGCAGCUUUGAAGUGCAUGAACGAGACAUGCAGAGCCGCGUGACGUGAGUUCUCCCCAUACCGCCCGAUCUCGGAGAUGUGCGCGUACCACAUGAGGCUCACCGGCGGCGCGGCCUUUGUGCUCCUUAUGGUUCUCCUCUUGCUGCUGUAUGCGGUGCACAGGUGGAGGAACCCUCGAUGCAGCGGCCGCCUGCCGCCGGGCUCCAUGGGCCUGCCGCUCGUCGGAGAGACGCUGCAGUUCUUCUCCCCUGAAGCUUCCUUGGACGUCCCGCGUUUCGUCCGACACAGACUGCAAAGGUACGGCCCGAUCUUCAAGACGAGCCUGGUGGGCCACCCGGUCGUCGUCUCCGCGGACGAGGAGCUGAACUACAUGGUGUUCCAGCAGGAGGGGCAGCUGUUCCAGAGCUGGUACCCGGACUCCUUCGUGGAGAUCCUAGGCAGGGACAACGUCGGGGAGCAGCAGGGCGCCAUGUUCAAGUACCUCAAGAACAUGGUGCUCCGCUACUUCGGCCCGGAGAGCCUCAGGGAGUCCAUGCUCCGCGACGUCGAGCACGCCGUCAGCAGCUCGCUCUGUACCUGGUCAACCUUGCCGUCGGUCGAGCUGAAAGAGGCCGUCUCCACGAUGGUGUUCGAUCUUUCAGCGAACAAGCUUCUCAGCUUGGAGCCGUCGAGGUCCAAGAUUCUGAGGAGGAGCUUCUUCGACUUCGUUCGAGGGCUCAUCUCGUUCCCUCUGUAUUUGCCAGGAACAGCAUACUACUCAUGCAUGAAGGGCCGGCAGAGCGCAAUGGAGGUGCUGCAGGAAGUGCUAGCGGAGAGGAAGAGACUGGUACAGGUGCCCGGAGCAGGAGGAGGCGCCAUGGAAACGAUACGUCGCCAUGGCGGCGACUUCUUGGACCUCGUCAUCCAGGAAGUCACGAAGGAGAAGCCGCUCGUGACGGACAGAAUGGCGCUCGACCUGAUGUUCGUGCUCCUGUUCGCCAGCUUCCACACGACGUCGCUAGCGCUCACUCUGGCUGUCAAGCUGCUUGCAGACCACCCUCGCGUCCUGGAAGAGCUCACGGUGGAGCAUGAAGCGAUUCUGAAUGAACGUAACGCGCGCCAUGGAUCUGAUGGAAUCACAUGGAUGGAGUACAAGUCUAUGACAUUCACAUCCCAGGUCAUCAACGAGACUGUCCGAUUAGCCAAUAUUGCGCCUGGCAUCUUCAGAAAGGCACUGAAAGACAUACAGUUCAGAGGGUUCACAAUUCCAGCUGGAUGGGGAGUGAUGGUCUGUCCUCCAGCAGUGCACUUGAACCCAGUCAUUUACCCAGAUCCUCUUAUCUUUAACCCUACAAGGUUCAAGGAUAAACCGGAGAUAAACCGUGGGUCAAGACACUUCAUGGCAUUCGGAGGAGGCCUCCGAUCCUGUGUUGGAGCAGACUUCAGCAAGUUGCAAAUGUCUAUUUUCCUCCAUUUCCUUGUCACUAGAUACAGGUGGAGAAGUCUUGGGGGUGGCAAGGUAGUCCGAAAUCCGGGGCUAGAAUUCCCUGAUGGCUACCACAUUCAAAUACGACACUGGAAUUAGCUCUGCCACUACUACAGAGUCAAUAUCGUUGUGCAUUCUAGCCACGAAACGGACGGAGGAAAGAAUUACCGUUAGGCUCCGUUUGAAUCCUUUGAAUUUAAUUUUAAUUUAAUAAUCGUAAUUUAGACAGAGAUUGAUUAAACUAAUAUAAUAUAGUUUUAUGGGGAAUAUAUUUGUGUACUAGUGUUAGCCACCUUAUAAAUUUGAGAGAAGCUUAU